AUGUACAACCGAAUCGGACUCUUCUUUCCGGCAGCGUGUCAGCAACAACCAUGGGACACACGACAGUCACCUACCACACCGGCUACUACGAUCCAAUCAUCGGUCUCUUCCACCCCAAACCUGGUUGCUGCGACCGGUUUAGCCAAGGACUGUGCCGGAUGCGGGAAGCGUAUAACCGAGCGCUUUCUAUUGAAAGCACUAGAUAUCUUCUGGCACGAAGAUUGCCUCAAGUGUGGCUGCUGUGAUUGCCGCCUGGGAGAGGUCGGCUCUACGUUGUAUACUAAAGCGAAUCUAAUUCUAUGUAAGCGAGACUAUCUUAGACUAUUCGGCACGACUGGAUACUGUGCCGCUUGCAACAAGGUGAUACCGGCCUUCGAGAUGGUAAUGCGCGCCAAAAACAAUGUCUAUCAUCUGGAGUGCUUCGCAUGCCAACAGUGCAAUCAUAGAUUCUGUGUUGGCGAUCGUUUCUAUUUAUGUGAUAAUAAAAUCCUAUGCGAAUAUGACUACGAAGAGCGGUUGGUGUUUGCCAGUAUGGCCUGCAAUCCUUCUAGCUUGGCGCAUAUUCGGAGGCAAGUUAGUAAUUUACAGCCCGCUGGAGAAAAUCACCCCGCGAGUGCCGGACGUUUGCCACCAGCCAGUACUAAUCGAUCUCCAUACGUAGCAGAGAAGGUUGGAUUGUCCCAGCAACAGCAGCAGCAGCACCACCAUCACCAGCAGCAAACCUCUGCACCGGUAGCAACGACAUCAGCGGCCACGACAGCUUCGACAUCAUGCGAAACACAUCCAUCAUGCACCUCAGCUACAUCGUCUCCGCAACAGCAGCAGCAGCAACAUCAGUCCGGAAGUAGCAAUCUACACCUGCAACAUUCCAGUCAGCAACAUCAGCAACACCAUCAUCCAAGCAACCCGGGUCCACAUCGAGAUGAUGGUUCCAGCGGGUACGGCAGUCCCGAUUCGGAAACCUUCGAAAUGCCAAACAACCAAUGA